UGCGCCUGCGUGGCGCCGGAUACUGGCGGGCGCUUUGAAUUUCGCCCUGAGUCGCGUCUCGCGAUCUUGGGCUUCUGGCCGAGACGGGACUCAAGGGCUCGGCGGUUCGGGAACCCGCAGCGAGUGGGCGCUUUGCUCCCGGACCCUCUCGAGAGGCUUAAAGGAUGGCCUCCUCAGACCUGGAACAGUUAUGCUCUCAUAUUAAUGAGAAAAUUGGCAAUAUUAAAAGAAUGCUGUCAUUAAGAAACUGUGGUCAGGAACCUACCUUGAAGACUACAUUAGAUAAAAUAGGAGAUGAGAUCAUUGUAGUAAAUGAACUUCUAAAUAAAUUGGAAUUGGAAAUUCAGUAUCAAGAACAAACCAACCAUUCACUCAAGGAACUCUGUGCAUCUCUCGAAGAGGAUUAUAAAGAUGUGGAACAUCUCAAAGAAAACAUUCCUCCCCAUUUGCCUCAAGUAACAGUAACCCAGAACUUUGUUAAUGUGCCAGAUGUUGACCCUGGAGAACCAGUCAAAGUUGAGGUACCUGCACCCACAAAGAAGCACCCAAAAGAACAAAGAAGUAUUAAAGAAAUGUCAUUUAUAACUUCCGAUGAGUUUAAUGGCAUUCCAGCGUACAUGAAAUCCCGCUUAACUUAUUGUCAAAUUAAUGAUGUUAUUAAAGAAAUCAACAAGGCAAUAGUUAGUAAAUACAAGAUCCUAUAUCAGCCGAAGAAGUCUAUGAGUUCUGUGGCCAGAAAUCUCUAUCACAGAUUUAUUGAUGAAGAAACAAAGGAUACCAAAGGUCAUUAUUUUAUAGUGGAAGCAGACAUAAAGGAGUUCACAACUUUGAAAGCUGACAAGCGGUUUCAUGUAAUACUGAAUAUCUUACGACACUGCCGGAGGCUCUCCGAGGUCCGAGGGGGAGGCCUUACCCGAUACGUUAUAACCUGAAGUCCUCCUGAGCUCUAGAACUGGCCAAGAGUCAGGUAUAGAGGCCACUCCUAUAGUUUCCUUAUAUGUAAUUUCUUUAUAUAUAACUUCUUUGCUUUUCUUAUUUUCUUUUCUGCUUGACUAUAAAAAUGAAACUUUUUAGUAAAUAAAGCAUAUGUAUUUUAAAAUUCA